ACUCGCCGCGCGCCUUCAUCUCCAUCAGUAGCAGCCGACAUGUCUGCGCGUGCGCCUGCUUCGCUUCGCGCAUUCGCCGCAAUAGUCGUCGCCGCGCAACUUAUUAAUGCGGAAAUAAUACCAUGCCAUAGAGACGGACUCUAUGCGGAUUAUGACAAAAACUGUCGUGAAUAUGUGAAAUGUGCCGGGGGUAUAGUAAAAGGACGCUACACCUGUGGCCCGGAUCGUGUAUUCAGCGAGUUAGCAGGUGCAUGUGUGCCACGCCGACGGCAACCCUGCAUCCGACGGGAAUGUGCACCCAGAGAUACUUUCGCCUACGCUACUCCCGGAACUGCGUGUCGGCAUUACUAUCGCUGUGAAAACGGCACAGCUAUCGACCACUCCUGCCCCUCUGGUGCAUGGUUCGACCUCGAAUUACAAGCUUGUACGCGUGGAGCUGGUACGUGCUACGAACCGUUAUGUGCCGGACUAACUGAUGGUGAAUAUCCGGAUUCCUCGCACGAGUGUCGUCGCAUGUUGGUGUGUCGCGGAGCCGAACUUCGUGGUGUUUUUUCGUGUGCUGGUGGUACAUGUGUGGAUUCUUGUCCAGCGCCGCGCUCUGCCGCCAUUCCUUUGCCGGCUGGUGACGCUGACUUUUGUUCGGAUGAAGCAUGUUCAUCGUUAUGUCAUCAAGCAAAAGAUGGCGCGUAUGCAGACCGUGUAACCGGCUGCCGCGAAUAUUUCGUGUGUGAGGCGAGGCGAGUUAUACGACGUGGUGUGUGUGAACCCGGCUUAUUAUUUUCUGGUAACGGGUGCGAACCAGCAGCUCGCACUAUAUGUCCCCCACCAGCACGAAGUCCUUGCUACAAUUGGGCUGAUGGUUUAUACCGGGACUGGCGGGACUGUUCAUCGUGGUUCGAAUGCCGAAGAGAAAGAGUAGUCGCUCGAGGAUUUUGUGAACCGGGACUUGUAUUCAAUGGUACUACAUGUGUGCCGACAAACGCAUUUGUGUGUGAAGGCCCAGAACGACGACUAGAGUGUCAAGGGCUUCCCAGUGGUACAUAUCAAGACUUGGAAUCGAACUGUACUCGUUAUUUUCACUGUGAAGGAUCCAUGCGCACUAUGCUAGCAUGCGAACCCGGAUAUGUGUUCGAUGGUGUGAGAUGUACAUCAAUGGAAAAUUACCUAUGCCCUAGUCUAGGCGAAGAUUCGUGCUACGGCCGUCCAGACGGGCGGUACCGCGGGCAACACACACAAGGAUGCCGCGGGUACUACACCUGUACAGCCGGUGAGAAAGCAAUCUACGCGUGUGCAAGUGGUCGCGUUUUUGACGGCGAAUCCUGUGUGCCAGCCCGGCCUGGCGUUUGUCCGGUGGACGAUUACUCGUGUUCCAGCCUCUCUGAUGGAUAUCACGCUGAAAUUAAAACCGGAUGUCAUAGAUACUUUUACUGCGAGGGUGGUGAUCGACUCGCAACAUUCUCAUGUCUUGGAGGCAAGAUUUUCGACGGGCACGCUUGCGUCGACCCUUCAACCCACAAAUGCGGAGCCCCGCCGCGGGAGAUCAUUGAGAACGGCGGCAAAUACUGCGAGCACAAUGGUUUCUUCGUUCAAUUAGGUUCCGGCUGUCAAAGAUACUACUUCUGCGUGAAAGGAAUGAGAACAUUCUUGACUUGUCCAGUGGAUCACCUGUUUAACGGCCAAAUUUGUGUCCCUAAAAGCCAAUACACGUGCCCUGGCUGAGAGAACGGCAGUAAGGAACAGACACCGAUCUGAGGCCCGCGAGGCCACGCUGGACACAAAAGGACAACAGAAGACGACUGCCUGGAGACGAACAUGAUGUACCUGAACUACUAUUUAAGGCUGUGAAUAUCUGAUAGUUACGGAAUAUAGCCCUAUUAUUUGUAAUAAAUAUUACGACUCUCAAUAAUAAUCUACCUCUACUUUUUAUAGCGUAAUAAUAAUAAUA